AUGGAGAUUAUGCAUGGGUGAAACUGUGCUGAAAGUAUCCCCUGGUGGGGUGUAGGGGUGGCUAAAGGACACUGAAGAUGUUGAGGUCUCUGUGGGACCAACUCUGUCGAGCAGAAGAUUUACAUCAAUUUAAACACAACGGCCCCCUGUGUCCGACUCCUCAACGCGACCCACCAGAUCGGCUGUCAGUCCUCUCUCAAUGGUAACACAGGAAUCAUCCACCUCGUCCAGCAUGAGUCUGACCUACCGUGGGUCCUUCAGGAUGGUCCUCACGCCCCCUACACAGUCCUCCUGGAGACAGCCAUGUUCACAAGGGACGUCAUGCUGAGGUUAAAGGUGAAGGGUCGGGUCGCUGGUGUCGCUGUGGUGAUUCCUAACAGACCAGAAGGUGCUCAGUUCUCGCCGCAUCUGAAAUGCCCCAACACCGGGUCCGGUGUUUAUUCCCCAGACUAUGGACCUGAGUUUGUGAACUGUAACAAGACCUUGUGGAACCCGGAUGGUAAUGAGCUGUCGUAUGAAGACUUUCCCUUUCCAGUCUUCCUGCUGAAGGAUGACAACGAGACUCAGGUCAUCCGCAAGGUGAGGCAUCACAAACUCCAAGUUACCAGCUUUUGUCAUAAAUCCAGACAUCCAGAAUGAUGACCACCUGUUGCUGUGUACCAGGUUUGAGAAAGGGAUGAAUGGCCUCUUCCUGUU